GCCACGAAACUAGCCCAAAAACCGUGCCGUUCGCGCCGCCGCAACCGAAUCUCUCCAUCCCGCCGCCCGCGACCGCGACGAAAUCACUACCCCGCCGUCUCCCGUCCGCCGAACGGAAAAGCCACCGCCCGAAUCAAUUUCCCCUCAAAAAAACAGCGCGCGCCAUUGUACACUCGCCGAAAGGCAAAACAAAAACAACCCUUAGGGACGCCAGGACGACGAGGCACCGCACGGAGACGGCCCCGUAAGAAGCUCGCCCCUCCCGCCGCUCCACUCCUCCGCGGUCCCCUGACCGAUCCCCCGCUUCCGCAUCGCCCCGAAUGUCGAGCGCGUCGCGGGGCGGCGGUGCCGCCAGGCUGCUGCGGAAGCAGAAGUCUUGGUCGCCCGACACCGGGCGGGAGGCCGCGUGGGCGCGGCGCCGCGAGGCCGGGGCGGGGGCGCGGCGAGGGAGGAGCUGGAGCGUGACGGAGGACGACCUCGACGAGCUGCGCGGGUGCGUGGACCUCGGGUUCGGGUUCGACGCGGGAUGCGGCGCGUGGAGGAGCCGCCUCGCGGAGACGUUCCCGGCCCUGGAUCUCUACUACGCUGUCCACGGCGCGGGGGAAGAGGCGGUUCAGCUGGAGCAGGAGGCGUGCGCUUGCGGCGCGGCGGCGUCGGACUCGCCGUCCGAGGAGUCCUCGAUCGGAAGCCACAUGUCUAUACUCUCCCCUGGUGAUCCACCAGAGACAGUGAAGAUGAGGCUCAAGCAGUGGGCGCAAUUGGUAGCGCUGUCCGUGCAUAAUAGUAACUGUCUAACUGAACUCCAAGGCAGUGUAGCUAGAAACGGAAAGGAAGAAAAAUGAUGAGGAGAAACCCAGCCGUACAACAUAAAGGAGAAAUCGAGAAAGACGAAUGCCGAUGAUGAGCAAAACGAAGAGAAGAAAGACGAUAUGUGCGCAAGAAGAGAAAAUGUUUUAAAUUUUUGUGGACCUCCUCCACCUUUCUUGUCUCGACUAUUACCAUGAUCCAAUCUGUCUUAAUAUCUGUUUUCUUGCAUUUCUGUCACACAUAUCUUUGUAAAUACUCCACACGUUCUUUCUUGUUUAUAAUCCAAGGUUUCGGGCCGUCUAUAUUUUUUAA